GUGUUGGCCGGCCCCGUGGGAUUCUUCCUCAGACUUGUUCCUCCUCAGACUCGUUGGAGCAAGGAUGAGAACGAGGGAGCGAACCAACAAGAAAAAACAUUUCAAUCGUCGCCCGCCAACAACCUCGGCCGCCCGCCACCCCCGCCCAUGAUCCAUCAUCAUCCAUCCAUCCCCACGCCCGUUCCCCACGUCACCCCCAGCCGGCGCGCGGGGCUCUCCAGGUUGGCUCAUGACAUCCAUGGCAUGGCAUGGAUGGGCACGGCACGCACUUCGGGCAAGUCCAGACCCAAGAUGCUUAUUUCCGGCACGACGGCCCGCCUCGUUUGUGCCCUCUCCAAAACCCACCCAUGGUCGCUGCAUCUCUUCUUGUUGGUGUGGGUGACCUCCGGUUCGGCUGUGCACACCCUCGCAACGCUCCUUGCUGCGCCGGUUGGCUCUCUCUCCCGCCCAGGCCUGAUGCCGAGCUGUUCGCCUCCUCUUCGUCGUGUCUCCCAUCUGCACCAUCGAGACAGACCUAGAUGAAGACUGUGCGAUGACACGAACGCAGCGGGCGCACCAUGAUGCGCCUGGUCUGCAACCGGACUCGGAUCCUCAAGCCCGUCUCCAUGUCACCAACGGCGUUACCCUUUCGCCUCGAGACCCAGAUCAUCAGCACGAAAAGCGCAAGCCGCUUGAAACAACAACUUUGGGCGCCGACUCGCCCAUCGUCUACUUCUAUCUCGACUUCGACUCGCCUCUGCCUACGGUCCCUCCUCAACACCAUGGCAUGGGCCGUGACCCUCAGUUCGGUGACGGCCGCGACGACCUCCCGUCUUGCCCGGACCUCCGCCCAUACAUAUCACCCUUGCAAUGGGGCCCAGCGCGCAAGAAUCUCCUCCUUGGCCUGGCCUGCACCGUCACCUUCAUGACCGCCUACACGGCCGGUGCCUACUCUCCGCCUGCCGACAUCAUGGCCCACGACCUUGGCACCACUCGCAUCGCCGUGCUCGUCGGCAUCACCAUCUUCUGUCUUGGCUUCGCUUCAGCCCCCAUGGCACUAGCCCCCAUCUCCGAGAUCUGGGGCCGCUAUCCCGUCUUCGUUGUUGCCGGCGUCAUCUUUGUCGUCUUUCAGGCGGUAUGUUCUGUCAUGCCACAUAUUGCUGGCAUGCUCAUCGCACGCUUCCUCGUCGGCGUCGGCGCCUCCGUCUUCAGUUCCGUCGUUGGCGGACUCAUCGCCGACUUGUGGGACAAGGAGGAGCGCAACACGCCCAUGGCUCUCUUCAGCGGCGCCGUCCUUGCCGCCACCGGCGCCGGACCCCUGGUUUCCACCGCCCUCAUCGACGACGUUGCCGACCCUACGCUCGCUUGGAAGUGGACUUUCUGGCACCAGGUCAUCGUGGACGCCGCCCUCGUCCUCGCCAUUGUCUUGUUUGGUAGUGAGAGCAGAGCCUCGGUUCUUCUGUCACGCAAGGCCAAGGUCCUCAACUCCUGGUACGAGAAGCUGGAGCGCCACGGCGUCUAUGGCUUGUGGAUCACCCAGCCCUCCGAAAUGGUCGUCGCCGCCUCUGCGCGCUGCAGCAUCCAGGCCUCGGCCGCCGACGUGAGCACCCUCCCGCCUGAAGUCAAAGAUUUAAGCAGCGACGAGAGUCUCUCGGCGAGCGGCCGGCUGCUGCGUAUGCGAUGGGUGGUUCGCGCAGACGAAGAACGGCCGGCGCUUCCCCAGCUCAUAUCUCUUUCCGUUCGUCGCCCCUUUUACCUGCUCCUGGCGGAGCCCGUCGUAUUUUGGUUUUCUCUUUGGGCUGCCUUCGCAUGGGGUGUUCUGUACUUGUCCUUCUCCGUUGUCCCUUUCCUCUACAAGACGGACCUCGACCGCUCGAGUCGCGUCUUCGUCUCCAUGAUGGUUGCCGCCGCCGUCGCCACGGCCGUCAGCAUCGUCCAGGAGCACCUGCUUAAACACCCGCAGUGGCGCACGUACCCGGAGCAUGCGUCGUUUCGCUACUCGGACUCGCGUUUCUGGGCUUUCAUGCGCCAAAGAUUUCCUGCCGAGGCGCCCGAGGCGCGGUUGUAUUUUACUUGCAUCACCGCCUUGAUGCUUCCUGCGGGACUGUUCGGCGGCUUUCUCUGCCCUCGCUACAUGGACGGCUAUGCUGAGGCCGUCGGGCUGGGCUUCGCCACCUGGGGCAUCUACUCGAUCUAUCUCGCCACCUUCAAUUACCUGGCCGACACGUACCACAUCUACGCUUCGUCGGCCCUUGCCGCUCAGAGUUUCUGCCGCAACGUCCUAGGAGGCGCUUUCCCCCUGGUGACGAGCGCCAUGUUCACCAAACUUGGGCUGCGCGGGGCGGGCGGCCUUCUCGGCGGCAUCGCCACCGUCCUGACCGUCAUUCCGUGGGUGCUCGUCUUUUGGGGUGAGAGGAUCCGCGCGCGCAGCAAGUUCGCCAUUGUGAGUGCAAGACAUGCCCUAGAGAUCUACCUAUGUGGCAACGAGCACUAACACUAUUUGCAGUCUUUGCAGCGUAACGACUAAUGCACCACGGCCGGGAGAUGAUGGUAACCAUAGACAGCUCGUUGACUGAUUUGCGUCCUUGGGCAUGGAACGGAGGCGUGCGUUUGUUGAAAAUGGGAUAGAAGUGCGCUGGAAAACCCGACAUGGUUGGACACAUUUGCAUCGUAUCAUUGGAUACGCAUUACAGCGGCAUAUCAGCGAUAGACUUGACUCUAUAAUUACAUAGAGAGGCUCACAGU